AUGAAUCAGGAGGCGGAGGGGAGGCUUUAUUCAGACAUCUCCCUGAAUAUCUUCCAGGCUGCCAUUAGGGACACGAGACCCCAGGGACUCCCAAGAGGGGGUAUUCCUGUGGGAUCAUCAAUUGGCCUGCCAGGCCCAAGACCCCAAGGCCCUCUACCUCCUCCUGGAGAGGACAGUUGUGAGAUUGAUGACUAUGGUGUGGGCCCCAAGAUCCCUCAGCCUCUGGAGAAGAGCCUUCAGCUGAAGGAGAUGCAGCAGGGAGAGCUCACAUGCAGAUGGCCUCAGCUGGUCACAGAGGAGCCUGAAAUCUAUGACCCCAAUUUCAUUUUCUUUAAGAGAAUCUUUGAAGCUUUCAAGUUGAUUGAUGAUGUGAAAAAAGACAAGGAGAAAGACAAAUGA